AUGUCACCUCCGCCUAUACUAGACGUCCACCGGGCUAGCCCUGUUAGGGGACAGCUCGAGCCGUACGAUCCGCGCACGCCCCCAGGUUGCCGAUAUGUUCAAACCACCGACACCCCCGACGAACUCAAGGUUCUUCUCCCUCCAGGCACUGCGUCUAUGUAUGAGCAGCUAUUAAAACUUGAGAAUUAUGAGCUCUCGAAGAAACCUGCCGUCUCUUGGGAACGCAUCAUGGAAAUUCGCCAUCUCAAAGACCGUAUGAUUCGCAAGUGCCAGAAGCUGGCGAAAACUACCAUGCCCAUGUCAAAGAAGUCUUCUCGAGGCGACACCUUCGUCUUCCAGACUUUCGUCGCACCCCAGGACUUCAGAGUGAAGGAAAUGGAAAAAUGGUUCAGAGAGCAGCAAAAGCGAGCGAAUUCUCUCCCCAGGCGAACGAUCUCUGCCGGACAAUCUGCUAGCUACGAACUCGCCCUCGCUGGCCCAUCCAGCCGCCGUCUUCCAUCAACAUCUUCAAAACAACCUGUGCAACGCUCGACAACAAAUCCAGAGCCCCCUCCAAAUCACAGGCAGGAUGCAUACUCGAAGCUGCUACCCACUAUCCAACCUCAGCGUAUCGUUCAAUCGGAACGAACGCUCACUCCUCAAUCAGCCGCUUUGCCGGUUGCGCUAAACUUCCCGCAAAUCAUGUCUCCGCCCCCACUACCCGUCCUCAUUCUCUCCCAACGCGAGGCGUUGGGACUUGAUGAGCCUGAGGGCCAACCACCCAACAUCGCCUCACUUUCUCUCGGGCCUGACCAACCUACGGAGACCAGUCCGUCAGACCCUGCAGGAGAAGCCAGUCCACGACCAAUCCUCUCACGCAGACCAAGUUGCAUAAAACGCGAUAGUGCCGGCGAUCUCAAGAGGGUCUCUUGGGCGGAUAACCAACACGAGCUCGAUAAUCAGUUAUCAAAGUACGCGACUGCCGCGCGUGAGGCACAAGCGUCAGGCAAAUGGGAGGAAGUUCAGGUUCUAUAUUUAGAGCAAAUUGCUGGACUCGAGAAUUUACAACAACAAGUGCAGGAUGGCCUGGAGCACCUGCGCUCUGAAACUGAUCAUCUUCAACGGAUCGACGAGACCAUCCGCAAACAACGCGAGGCUCUCGAUUCCACCUUCCACGACUUUGAGCUAAAGCAUAAUCUGCUGAAGGAAAAGGUGCAAGAAGCUCUUACAGAGGCUAAUUAUGCCCUCAAUCGGCAUGGCGUCGCUCGUGAACUUGAGCCUAUCCACGAAGCUGAACAUUAA